CUAGCUAGAUGACAGUUCAUUUUUGCAAACGAUUCGCUUCCAAACGCAGAAGUUUGUUGCCAGAUUAGGAGAAGGGGCUUAAGAUAUCUGCAAACUUUUUUUCCAUCUCCAAUAAUGAAUUUUAAAGACAAGGUUGCCAUGGUGACCGGUGGAUCACAGGGCAUCGGAAGAGGUUACGUUUCUGCUCUUCUGAACAUCGGCAUGAAGGUGUGCAUUUGUGACGUGAAGGAAGAGAAAGCUAAAGAAUUUAUGGACAGUCUUUCUUCUCCAGAAAGAAAUAAUGUAAUUUUUCAGAAGUGUGACGUCACGUCACCGGAGGAAUUCCGAAAUGCUUUCGAAAAAGUGAUUUCAACAUUUGGAGAAAUUAAUAUCGUAAUAAACAACGCUGGAAUCGCCGAUGAGCAAAACUGGAGAAGAACUAUUGAUGUAAACUUCAUUGGAGUUGUCCAUGGAAUAAAACUCGGAUUUGAAUACAUGGGAAAGGACAAAGGUGGACACGGUGGCCAGAUUAUAAACACAGCAUCUCGAUCAGGUAUAAACCCUAACGUUGUCUGGGCUCCUAUCUACUGCGCAACGAAGCAUGCAAUCGUAGGAUUAACAAAGAGUUAUGGGAACGAAUAUCACUUCAAGAAGACUGGCGUCACGGUAAACGCGAUUUGCCCGGCUUACACGGGCACGGAACUAUUUCGGUCGGGCCCAAGACCAGAAGUUGAUGAAAACAGCAGAGGAGCUGUUUCGAGUGAUGCACAGAAGAUUCUCAAAAUUGAAGAAGUGGCUCAGGCUUUGAUUCAACUACUUGAAGAUAACAAAAAUGGAGCCCUGCUCUUAGUCGAAACAGAAAAUGUGAAAUACGUUUAA